AUAUAUAUAUAUAUAUAUGCUUCAUAGAUUAGAUUCUCAGCUCAGACGGACCAUAUAUAUAUAUAUAUUUGCCCACCUACACACAAAUCAUCAUCAUCAUAAUAUAUAAUGGCAAGUGAGCGCCACGUGGCUGUUCUGGCGUUCCCCUUCGCAACCCACCCCAGCCUGCUCUUCCGUCUGGUGCGCCGCAUAGCCGCGGCGGAACCCGACGCCACCUUCACGUUCUUCUGCACCGCCAAAUCCAAUGCCAGGUUAUUCGCAGAUCAAAGCCCGCCGCCGCCGGGUAACAUCAAGCGUUCCGACUUGGCCGAUGCCGUGGCUGAAUCCGGCGGCGGGUUGGAGGAUGAGAUCGGCGUGUUCUUAGAGACGGCGGCGCAGAGCUUCAAAAACAGCGUCGCUGCCGCGGAAAAGGAGUCCGGCAAGAGGUUCGGGUGCGUGGUGGCGGAUGCUUUUAUGUGGUUUGCGCAGGCGGCGGCGGGUGAGAUGGGAGUGUCGUGGGUUCCGGUGUGGACCUCCGCCGCUGCUACCCUAUUGCUCCACCUCCAAACUGACCUCAUCAGGCAAACCCUUCCCCCAGGAAUGGGGGAACGUGAAGAUGAGAGACUGACAUUCAUUCCUGGAAUAACGGAGGUACGGGUGGGAGAUAUACCCGGGGGGAUCAUCACCGGAAACCUAGAGUCGCCGUUCGCCGUGAUGCUCCAUAAGAUGGGGCGCACCUUACCGAAGGCCACAGCAGUGGCCAUCAAUUCCUUCCAAGACCUGGAGCCGGCUGCCGUAAAUCAACUGAAGACCGGUUCUUCAAGAAUUCUCAACGUGGGGCCAUUCAAUGUGACCGCACCGGGCCCGGUGACAGCGGCUGCACAGGAAGAAGGUGGAGGAGGGUGCAUGGCGUGGCUGGACGGCCAGCGGGAAAGAUCUGUGGCGUACAUAGCCUUCGGGACGGUGUGCAUCCCGCCGGUAAAGGAGUUGGCGGCGGUGGCGGAAGCGGUGGAGGAGACGAAGACGCCUUUUCUGUGGUCGCUGAGGGAGGAGGCGGUGAUGGGGUUACCGGAAGGGUUCGUGGAGAGGACGAAGGGGUACGGGAAAAUAGUGAGUUGGGCACCUCAAGUGAGGGUUUUGGGGCACGGGUCGGUGGGGGUGUUUGUGAGCCACGGCGGGUGGAAUUCGGUGCUGGAGAGCAUCACGGCAGGGGUGCCCUUGAUUUGCAGGCCUUUCUUUGGGGAUCACCAUAUGAAUUCUUGGAUGGUGGAGAAUGUGUGGAGAAUUGGAGCCCGGGUGGAGUCUGGCGUCUUCACCACGCCCGCCACCAAGUCCGCUCUUCACUCCGCCCUCCGCGGCACGGCAUUCCGAACCCAAGCUGAAGCCUACAGAGACUCCCUCCGCAAAGCUGUUUCGCCCAAUGGCACCUCCACCCAAGACCUCCUCACUCUCUCAAGCAUCAUCACUGCCCGCCGCUAGCUUACCUACCUUUUCCAUCAUUCAUAAACAAACUUUUUCCCUACUACUGUAUUUGUUUGAAUGUUUUAUUUCCAUUUUUAAAUUACCUUUUCACUUUCUUCUUUAAUUUUUCCAUGCUCUUUCUUAUUCAAAGUACUCUCUACUCACAUUUUUCAAAAUUUAAGUUAGAGAAAAUUACAUCUAAUAUUACUAAACGCAUAUCACCUUACCAAAAGGUUUCUUGAUUAAACAUGACAAACUUCGGAUAAUGAUUUUAAUUGUUACUACCUUAGUCCUAUUUGAUGCUACCAUGGACUCUGAUCAUGAUCAACUACGGAAUUAUAGAUCAAGCCCCUUCAGUUAAUAUGUAAUUAAUAGCAUUUAUUGUAGCAGUUUUCUCCUAGAAUACUAGUUCCUAUAGUCUAUAAAUACUUCCUGUAAUUCUUCUCCCAUAGAAGGAUCGGUGAAUCGUUCAUCCGAAUAAUAAUAAUAAUGUCUUACGCUGCCA